AGCUGGCGUGAGUCCAGCUCGCAGAGCCGGGCUCGAAUUCAUGUUUUAGCAUUCGCCUCUCCAAUGUCCCCCCGCCGCCGCUCCGAUAGGCUCUUUGCGUGUUUGCCUUGCCGCCGCCGCGCGGCACCGACGACGACAACGACAGCGACCACGGCGACGGAAUGCCGAGCAGUGAGCGAAAGGAAUUUGUCAGUCUACUUUCAGCGUUCAUGUGUAACGGUUGUGUGGCGACGGUAGUCCAGAGAAGCGAGUCCAGUGCAGUUUGAGUUUGAAGGUUGAACCGCGCGAAUUCGGGUUUUGGAAGGGACCUACAGGCCAGGCGCGCCCGAAGCGGGACCAUUUAGGAAAGUUUCGAGUUUCUCGCGUGUCGCGCCCCGAUCUGCGGAUGCGGAUGUGUUGCUGUUGUGUUUCUUGAUUCUCGUCUCGUCGCUGGUUGAAGGCGUGUAUACCUAGAUGCGAGCGUGUGUUCACAAGGAGGGCGACGUGAAGAAGUGUUGUGUUGAUCGGUCCAGUGGGCCUUCUCCCGUGUACUUGACUCUUGUAGUCGGCGGGUGUAAAUUUUUGUGGUUUCGCUAAAAUAUCAAAGAAGCAAGGAGCAAAGCAGGAGUAAAAGAAACGGUACCCGCUGCUCCGAAGAAGUGGUCGCUCGUGGCCGAGUAAAGUGAAACCUCGGUGUGCAUGUUCGAGUUGAUGGCUUGAUGGAAUUGUAGAUUGUGAGUGGAUCUAGCCCAAGAAGACAACCUAUACCGACGAACGGACGGAAGAAGCGGGGUGCUGUGCGCUGUGCCUAACCCUAAAGUGAGAGCGAGAAGAUUGCAACUUGUUCUGGAUAGCUUAAUGUCCUAAAAAGAGUUCAACAGGUUGUGUGAUUGGAUUAUAGACAGACAGCUGAAACUUUGGAUUGCUGGAACGAAGAUCAAUCGCUUGGAUACGAUUCACAACCACAAAAAAGCACUCCUGAUGACCAACCGUUUGAAGUAGUAGCGAGCAACUUUCAUCCACCAAAUCACUAACGAAGAAACUGUGUGUACUUUACUUUUGCUGAAGUUUUCCCCGAAGUUUUUCCCGUGCAGCACGCGAACAGCAGAGAGGAUUAAGCAACCGAAUCCAAACAUAGGAAAGAACAAUCAAAAUCGAAUAAAUCUCAUCGCCCCGAAGCAGCAAAUCCAUCCAUAGUGGAAACAGCGUCGUUCUUGACGCGCACCGCAACAGAGUGUGAGUGUUUGAAUGGUGUAAGGAAGUGGAAAGAAAAUUGCUUCUCGACUUCUUCCUUCGGGAGAGGGGGGUUCUGCUUGGAAAACUUACCUACAGGAGGAGGAAAAAAAAGACGCGAAGUCGUUCGAGCGAGCGGAAAGCGGAAGGAAAUUAAAACUAAACAAACCUGAUGAAGGUGAAGAAGCGGUGAAGUUGGUGGCAGGCUGCAGUCAGUCGGUGUCUGCUCUGGAAUCGAAUCAAAAGAUAAGCUGCAGAAGGAAAACUAAAGUCGACUAUAAUUUAUUUUACGAUCAGUUUUUCCUUCCCAUCGGUGCCCGCCAAUAGUGUAGAAGUGUUCGAACCAGACACGGUGGGAAUUUGCAACCUUCGGAUAUUUGCAAACUGCACAACUGGGUGUCAAUCUCGGUCGCAGUCUCGCAGUUGACCGAACACCGGAAGACAGGGCUCAUAAAGAAGAAAAGCCCACUUGUGGAAGUGCACAGAAGAAGUAAAAAAAAAGUCAGUUGACAAGUGCUGGAAAAGUGAAAACUUUGAAAACAGAAAGUGACAGGGUUCCCCGGGUCCUACAGAGAUCGGUGUGUCAAAGUCAACACAGGCGCUCGGCGGAAAAGGCGAUUGAACGAGAGUCAACACUGACAUGAAGUGAAGGAUCGCUAGCUUUCCCAUAGAUCUAUGUGGAUUAUUAAAAAAAGAUCUAACCUAACCGGCAUCACGUACACUGACCAUCAAAACGCGACCCCCGCCUAGGAACCCAACAAACAAAUCGGAGCAGAGAACGAGCGUGCACUCCAUCUUCGGCGUCAAACCGCAUAAAUCAUUAGCAUGAGUUCCUACCGGCAAACGGUGCACCAGCAACGACGACCACAAGGGACCAUAUUUUACAUCCAGUCCAACUGCAAUCACAUUGUCUGAGAAGCUCCUCCGCCCGAAGGAGAAAAAAGCAACAUUUUUAGUGCAUUGUGAUUUAUUUCUAUCCCAGUGUCGUGAGUGUGUAAAUAGUUGGGAGGUGAAACGGACGCAGAGAGGAAAAGUUCAUUUCAGUGUGUUUUUGUCCAUGUUACCGUAAUCAUUAUUAUCGUUGCCUGUUUGUUGAUGUUGUAAAUAAUCUGUGUUAUUUUGUUGAACGUGAUUGUGAACCGGGAAGUUUCGCACCAGUGCUAGUCUCCAUCGAGUGAUUUUUUUUCUUUGUUGAGUUCGAUCCGUUGCGUUGCAACGCCAUCCGUGAAAAACUGAAGCGAAGAAAUUGAUGAGAGAAGUUGUUCGUAAGUUUAAAAAAUAAGAAAUCUUUCCUGGAUCGUAUCGCAGCUGUCUACCAAUCGGCACGCCUGUGACAUCUACCGAAUAGCGCAGAACGUAAGAAAUAGCAUCGUCAGUUGAGUAAGCUCACCGAACAUCGAAGUCAAAAUGGAAACCGAGGAAAUUAUUAAGCUCGUCGACGGGAUCUAUAAGAACAUCCUCGACAAAUUCAACCCCGGAGCGCGGCAGCUGAUAAGUGCCGGUAAGGCGUACCUGAAAGCCCUGCACGGAGCGUCGGCGGCGUCCAAUCUGUUCAAUGAAGCCCUGGCCAAAAUCGCCGUGAAUGCCCAGCAAGGGGGAACCAUCGAUAUCGGUAAGUGUGAGCACGAGAUGAUGCGGAACGCGGAGACCAGCACACUGUUGAGAAACCGCGAGAGAGAACGCGAGAAGGAAAGGGAACGCGAAUGGGAACGGGAAAGGGAGAGGGAACAGGAACGGGAGUACCGUGAGCGCGAACAGGAGAGGGAGAUGCAGCAGAGACCGCACAGUAUUGCAAUGAUGCCGGAACAGGCGAAGUUCCCAAUCACCAAGUCGGAUAUUGAUAAAAGGAUUUCGAAGCUGGAUGAGAUGAAUCAGCAACAGCAUCAGCAGCAACAACAACAACAGCAGCAGCAGAAGAAGAUGAGCCAAUCCAAGCAGGAGCGGGAACGACAGGAUAGGCAGGAUCGACAAGAUAGAAGUGAAAGACAAGACCGACAGGACCGGCAGGAAAGAAGCGAGAGACAAGAACGCCACGAUAGACAGGACAGAAGAGAAGAGAAAGAUCGCCGUAUGCAAGAAUCUGAUAGGAAGGCGUCGAAGUCAAAUAAAAAUGACACGAACAAUAAUAGAAGCAGUUACAAUGAUCGUUUGGCCCAGGAAGAGCAAAUCUACGGCGACUCUAUGCAAGUGAAGGGUAAGGAAAAAUAUCGGACGAAGGAACGCGAGAGCAGCAAGAAUCGAAACAAUGACGCUCUGAACAAGUACUAUCAGGAUCAGCACUUCGACGACUUUGCGAUCAUCCCGAGUGAUUCGAUUAUGAUUCAGGACACGAGUUUCUACGAUGACGAUGGUAUGAUGGAUGAUAUGAUGUUGAUGAAGACUGUACGCCGCAAAGAAAUUCUGAAGCAAUACUACUCAAGCGGAACGGAUACAGAAAGGAAUUCAUCAAGUUCCGAUCCGUACGACUGUAUCGUGGUAGACGACCACCUUGUUUCCGCUGCAGAUAUGAUGAUGAGGAAGAAUCGAGAAAGGAUGCGGGAAGGAAGGAAGUCCAACGGUGAUGCGAACCGCAGUGACGCCAAGAAGCAGCAGCAGCAGCAACAGGAGGAGAAGAUGACAUUUUCAACCUUCCGCGGGACAACCGUUGACGACGAGGAUGCCAUGAUGAUGAUGGAUGAAGAGAUGAUUGAAGAACCACCGAGGGAUCGCAGGUCAAAACUAUCCAAAACGAACAGUAGCGGACAGAUGAUGGAUUCAAUGAAGUAUGAGUCCGAACAGGAAUCGAGAAUCAGUGCCAAGGUGAACACCAACGGAAAUCAGAAGCGUAAAUCGACGAAGUCCUCCGUUUCGGACGGUAAGGCCUACGGUCCGUGGUACGAUCUGUGGGGAUCAGAAUCUCCAAUGGAAAGUCAGAAGUGAACUUAACCCUAAACACUAAAAUACCAAUAGAAAACCAACCCACAAACACAAACCUCUAAAAGCACGCUUCCAACAGCACAUUCAUACACAAACGCACGCACACUCACACUUCCACACAUAGCCCGAGGUUUGUCAAUCUUUAUCGCUGGCGUAAAGAUUGAAGUUAAUCCCAUCAGCAAUAGCAACACAAAAAACAAAAUAGCUUUUCUUCGCAGUCGCAAAAGCAGGACAAACAGAUGGUUCAACGAAUCGUACAAAGCAAUUUCAUACAAAAGACUUGGAUGCAGACCUACAGAAAAGUGAAGCUUGAUUUUGAAAAUUUUUCGAAUUCAAUAUAUGAACGCUCAAUUUAUACACAUUUUUCUUAGGGUAAGGUUUUACCAUUUACUCACUAAGUACCGUUGUAGCUUUACUGUAUUUCUUAACUUGUUACUCUAAAUAGAUACGGAAGAUAUUUUCUAACACUCGAUAACACAUCGACAAGCGAAGUUUUGGUGCUCAAUGAAUUAGUUUCGUUAAAACUCAAAAUUUAUGAUUAACCUUUUCGGUUGAGGUCUAUUUUUCCACGUACUAAGCCCUUCCGUAACAUUUUUGUAAGGUGUUAAACAAUUAUAGCAAAAUAUCGCUUGGUACUAACAAAGUUUUUGUAACUUGAAAAUUGCAAAAACUCUGGUAAUGUUGAGCGAUAGUUUGUGUAAUAUGUAUUGAAUUAUAGUCAGUAUUUUUAGGGUCCACUUUUUUCGAACGGGUUUCUCCCGCCAAAACACACACACAUCCAACAACGUAUGCUAGUUUUACCAGUACCACCUUAGAACCGUUAGCAUUAGUGUUAGAAUCGUAAGAAAUAGUUAUUGUACUUUUUACCAUGGAAAUUUGUAAUUGACAAAAGAAAUUUGAAAUGUGCCAAUCUUGUGAAAAGAGAACAACGAAUAUCGACCGACUAGGGAUGCAGACGAAAAAGGCAGAAAGGCGUUUGAUCAAUUUUGUGGUAUUCACCUUACCACGGUGCGGUGAGUCAGAUGCAAUGUUGAACAAAAGCAUAACGCAGCCCGCAGCCUGUGGGUAGGCAAUCGCAAAACAAGCAAUGAAAAGAUCGAUCGUCGAUCAACAGGCGUGUGGUGAGUUUUUUUUUAAAGAAGAUUUCAGCAAAGCUGUCGAUCAGCGAACAUCCCUGUUGCGUUACGUAGUGUUAGGUAUGUUACUUUGAUAGUUGUUAACUGUUUUAGAGUUUAAUAAAAAUUAAAUGUGUAGGUUAUAACGUAUUAAUGUUUUCUAGUUGUUUUAUUUCAAUAGACACAUUAAAAAUUAGUAUGUAUAUUUGUGUGUAAUGUUUAGUUGAUGUAAUUUUGUUUAUAAUUCAUAUAAUAUUUUACUUGUUAUAAUUUAUGUAAUCUUAUUUUGCUGUAUCAAAAAUUGAUUAUACUUAACAGCGUAUCAAUAAAUGUUAUUUUACUCAAACAACAUAAAGAGUUU